AGCAACUAGCAAAAGCCGGGGAAAAUGAGAACCCUAAUCCCUAAUUCCUGAUCAAGAGACAAGAAUCUCGUCCCAGCUGUUUUUCGGUUUUUUCCAUUAAUAAACGGACAUUUGAAAGGCCAUUACACCAACUGCUUUCCCAGCAGAAUGCCGCCAAAAUUCUCGACGUCGAAUAUUGCCGAGAAAUUUAUCCAAACCGCUGGAAAUCACCGUUCAAGGAGCGAUGGGUUCUUCCUAAGGAAGAAGAAACCCUAAAAUGUUUUCGCUCGUAGCAAAGCCAUGGAGCUGUCCCGUUUCUCCACCUUACUUAGAAACGCUGCUCCCUGUUCUCUGCGGAAGCUACUCCCCUUCUCUUCAUCCUCCUCCUCAGUGGUUAAGCCUAAGUUUUCUGAUUACUUUUCCGAUGAUCCCGACGGUGGGAGCCCCGUUUACCGCCAUAAGCUUCGGUUUCAGCGUCCGACGACGAUCAAAUGGCGGGAACAGUUCUAUAAUUCUGUUAGCUUUAUUGGGUCGGUCGUUUUUCCCUUGAAGAAGAUCUGUGUUCCUGAUCGUUUCGGUGUUUGUACCUUCCUCGAAGUCAGAUCCUCCCGUUGUCCGGAACGUUCAUUCAGGAUUUUACUGAGUAUGUGGGACAAGAUGGGAGAAACAUCAUACAAACAUUUGAGACGAAAUGAUCUUAUUUAUGUUUCAGGUCAAUUAGGUUCUUAUAAAAAGGUUGAUGCAAAUGGAGAGCUCAAAAUGUAUUACAAGGUAAUUGUAAAGGAAUUAAACUAUGUAGCACAGAAUGGUCGACAGCAAUGCUGCCAGAAACCUGAGAAAUCAGGGCCAAAAGAAGAAACAAUCUCCACAUCUAGCAUGUCUGAUAAGAAUUCUUCAGACGUGGAACAGAAGAAGAGAGACCGUCUUUAUUUGUGGCAAGUAUUUUUUGCCAAUACUUACGAAUGGUGGGACAAUAGGCGUGGGAAAACCAAUUCUAAGAGUCCAGAUUUUAAGCACAAAGAUACUGGUGAGGUCCUGUGGAUCGAUGAAAGGGACCCUCCCUGGGUUAAACGACUGCUCCAGCUGCAUGACUCUACAAUGUUAGAACGAGGGCAUCAGGAACUGGUGAAUCGUCGGCCCAGAAUGACACUGUGGAAAUUUGAAUAGUGGGAGCUUAUCUUGCUGAAAUAAACGGUUCAGCUAUAGUUAUCCGUUGUCUUGGCUACCAAAUGAAAAACAGAAAUUAUGGAACAAUAUCUUUAUGGUAACAGUAUUGAAGUUUGGACUCUGUUGUUGCAGGAUAUGGCUCCAUACCACUUAUGAUUUGUCCCAUAUUACCGUUUAUUCCUUCUUGUAGAUAAUUAUUGUACAAAGUUAUUUUUUAACCAUUCGGAUAUAAAUCCUAUUUUCUAUGUCACAAAAGUUGUUUGAGCCGUUG